GAUAGCUGGAGGAGAGGCUGGAAGCGGGCACGGGACCGCGGGGGUACGGGAGCAGCUGGACCAGCGCUGGGAGGUAGGAAGAAGGACGUCUCCAAAGGGCACAGGUGCAAAGCACUCUAUCAGCAUGACUGGUAUUUGAUCAGUAACACCAGGACUUGGACUCACAGUUCAGCAGUGUUGAAGAGGAGACCUUUCUGUGCAUCUCCUUAGCUACCAUGGCUGCUCCCUCUGCUGUGGUGCCCUUCUCGGUGGUGUCACAGCCACAAGUGAUUGAGUCUAUGGCUAUGAGUGAACCACAAUGCUACUACAAUGAAUCCAUUGCCUUCUUUUACAACCGGAGUGGGAAGUACCUCGCCACGGAAUGGAAUACUGUCAGCAAGCUCGUGAUGGGACUUGGAAUCACUGUGUGUAUCUUCAUCAUGUUGGCCAACCUGCUGGUCAUGGUGGCGAUUUACGUCAACCGCCGUUUCCACUUUCCUAUUUAUUACUUAAUGGCUAACUUGGCUGCUGCAGACUUCUUUGCUGGACUGGCAUACUUUUAUCUAAUGUUCAACACAGGGCCCAAUACAAGAAGACUGACUGUGAGCACCUGGCUUCUUCGCCAGGGUCUCAUUGACACUAGCCUGACAGCUUCGGUAGCCAAUUUGCUGGCUAUAGCAAUUGAGAGACACAUUACAGUUUUUCGCAUGCAACUGCAUACCCGGAUGAGCAACCGGCGGGUGGUGGUUGUCAUUGUGGUCAUCUGGACCAUGGCCAUUGUGAUGGGCGCCAUUCCCAGUGUGGGCUGGAACUGUAUCUGCGACAUCACUAACUGUUCCAACAUGGCGCCCCUCUACAGUGACUCUUACUUAGUCUUCUGGGCCAUUUUCAACCUGGUUACCUUUGUAGUAAUGGUGGUCCUGUAUGCCCAUAUCUUUGGGUAUGUCCGACAAAGGACUAUGAGGAUGUCUAGGCAUAGUUCUGGACCAAGGAGGAAUCGGGACACUAUGAUGAGUCUCCUGAAGACUGUGGUCAUUGUGCUUGGUGCUUUUAUCAUCUGCUGGACUCCUGGGUUGGUCUUGUUACUUCUGGAUGUUUGCUGCCCUCAAUGUGAUGUCCUGGCCUAUGAAAAGUUUUUCCUUCUCCUUGCUGAGUUCAAUUCUGCCAUGAAUCCCAUCAUCUACUCUUAUCGUGAUAAGGAAAUGAGCGCUACCUUCAGACAGAUCCUCUGCUGCCAGCGGAACGAGAAUGCCAAUGGUCCCACUGAUGGUUCAGAUCGUUCAGCAUCUUCACUCAACCAUACCAUCUUGGCUGGGGUUCAUAGCAAUGACCAUUCUGUUGUGUAGAAUCAAAUGGGGAAUGACGAGCCAGCCAUAGACUGUUGGGGGAGUCCCAGGGGAGAAUAACAAACUGAUGUCUUUCAACACUAAUUAACUACAGUAUUGGUUUCUAGAAAACCCACUCGCACAAGACUGGUCAUGUAUGAGAACUGGCAUAUGCGAAAACACUCAUCCUCUUUCUCCUCUCCCUGCUAAAAGUAGAAAGCUGAUUCCUUAUAAUGGAAUUCAUAAAUAGAUCAGAAAAAGUCUCUUUAGACUACACUGAUUAGAUUUUCAAAGACUGCUUUGUUUUGGUGCCAGUUGAAAACAAUUCUGAUUAAUUAUGCUUGUACCUGUUUAACUUCAUUUACAUGUAGAAACUUAGCCCCCCCCCUUCUUUUUUUAAAGAAUACAUUUCAUGUAAUAAAUGUCAUGUUAUGCCUGUCCGCACGCUUGUGAUGGAUAUUUUAUACAUAGAGAUCAUAUUCUUCAUAUUUUUUUUUUUGCUACACUACCAUAACUCCAGUAUUUCUUUUUCCUGAUGGCAAAAACGGGAAAACAUUGUAAAUUACAAUUUGUUUCUUUUUUUAAAAAAAGCAUGCAUGUAAUGUAUUUAUGCAGUUGUUUUAAUGAAAAAAGAAAAAAGAUGCUCAUUGUAAAAUCUUCUAGAAAACAGAAGAGCCUAGAUCUAAUUCCAUUAUUAGAUUAUUAAAUAAAUAGUAUUCUAGUUUCAUGGUAUUUAACUUCUCAUUUGUGGUACCAAGUAUGUAACAUAUGCAGGGGUCCUUAGUUUAUCACUGAUGGAAUUUGUGCUCUAAGUCUAAGAAAACAGAAUCAUGGAAGAAGAAUGAAGCACAAUAUUAUUUUUAAAUGUAUUUAUGAUAACUGAGUGUUUUCUCAUCACCUGUGCAUUACAAAGGGAUUUUUUUAAAUUGAGAAAUGUCAUGUCAUGUUUUACCUUUGUAAAGAGGAAUCUUCUGUUUUUGCACUGAGUGGGUGGCAUUUUUCAGGGUAACCUAUUUAAUUACCCUUUUAUCCUUAAAGAACAGUGGUUACUUGAGUUACAUUGAGGUACAGUAUUUUUUCUUUUAAUGCAAAUCUAAGUAGAAAUAGUAAGCUGCCACAAAAAAAGUGAAACCUAUUAAUAAAACUAACAGUAUUCAGUUUUACUGGCCUGCUGUCUAGAUCUUGAUAACCAGCUAUAGGUUUAGAGAAAUUAAAAGUACCAGAAACUACCCAAGUAAGAAGUCUUUUAUCAGUGAAAUUUAAGUAAAGGGCCUUUUUAUUAAAUAGCUUAGGCACCUAUAUCUGAAAAGUGAGAGUGGAUGUGUGGCUGUAUUAUAUAUCAUCCUCCCAGGCUUCCCCCACAAUAGAUUACUUCCAUGUUGUUUGAUGCUCUGAUAUUAUGUAGUCUAAGGUCUGUGAGCAAGUGUGUUGGUGUGACACAGGAGAUCACAUGUAAAGGGUCACCAUCACCAGAAUGAUCUGUAGAAAUGAGAGAAGAUAAACCUGAAUAAUAGUAGAGUAAAUGUUGAACUUGAAGGAACUUAAGGUGAAGUUUACUUUUGGAGCACAGGGCACAAGAAGUGCGGAGAGUUGAGAGCGGGAGAAAGGAAGUGCAAAAAUCUUAUUGAGAUUGACAUUGAUGCAUUUUAUAUAAAUCAUAAAAUAUGUUAAUGUGAGUGAGAAGAUGAGCCCUGGAAUUUUCACUCAUGUAAACUGGGAAAUAGGAGGGCUAGUUUAAUUUUAAGGGACAAAAAUGAAAUGCUAAGCCACUAAUAAAGUU